AUGGUAACUAAUCUCCUGUCCUUCUGUCUACUGAGCAAGAAACUCAACAUUUUUCUGUGUCAGUUGCAGACAUUCAAUACUGCUGCACCUUGCCGAGAUGUCCAGGACCUGACUAAUGGGGUUGCCAUGGCGCAGGUACUUCACCAAAUAGAUGCUGCUUGGUUUGAUGCAUCUUGGCUAAACCGCAUUAAAGAUGAUGUUGGUGACAACUGGAGAAUAAAGUCCAGUAACCUGAAGAAGAUACUGCAAGGAAUUAUGGAUUACUAUCAUGAGUUCUUGGGUCAGCAGAUUGCAGAAGAGCUUAUUCCAGACUUAAACCAGAUAUCUGAGAACUCAGAUGCCACUGAACUGGGCAGACUUCUGCAGCUCAUUUUAGGAUGUGCAGUCAACUGUGAAAGGAAACAAGAACAUAUACAAAAUAUCAUGACCCUUGAAGAGUCUGUUCAGCAUGUUGUCAUGACUGCCAUUCAAGAGCUCAUGAGCAAGGAAGUAACAGGUCCUUCCUCAAGUGAUGCAUCAAGUGAAAUGGAACAGCAGCUUAAAAAAGCUCUGGAAGAUCUUCAGGAAGCACUAGCAGAAAAAGAAGAGUUGGCACAAAGAUGUCAAGAGCUGGAUUUACAGGUGGCUGCUCUCCAGGAUGAAAAAAACAGCCUGAUGUCAGAAAAUGAGAUUAUGAAUGACAGGCUAGAGCAAUUAGAUGACUCUCUUGAUGAUCCAAAUACUGCGGUUGCAAAAAAGUAUUUUCAUGCACAGUUGCAGCUGGAACAACUGCAAGAAGAAAACUUCAGGCUUGAAGCUGCAAAAGAUGAUUAUCGUGUCCAUUGUGAAGACCUAGAAAAACAAUUGAUUGAACUGCAACAUAGGAACAAUGAACUGACCUCUUUGGCAGAAGAAUCAAGAGCCUUGAAAGAUGAAAAUGAUAUUCUUAGGGCUACUGCAGACAAGGCAAGCAAGCUGGAAUCCACUGUUGAGGUCUAUCGUAAAAAGCUGCAGGACCUGAAUGACUUCCGCAGACAGGUCAAGUCCCUGCAGGAGACCAACAUGAUGUAUAUGCACAACACGGUCAGUCUGGAGGAGGAGCUGAAGAAAGCCAACGCAGCACGUGCCCAGCUAGAAACCUACAAAAGACAGGUCCAGGAGCUUCAUAACAAACUCUCUGAAGAGUCAAAACGAGCUGAUAAGCUAGCAUUUGAAAUGAAGCGACUUGAAGAAAAACAUGAAGCUUUAAUCAAAGAAAAAGAGAGGCUGAUAGUGCAGUGUGAUGCAUUAAAAGAGACAAAUGAAGAGCUCCGGUAUUCACAGAUGCAGCAGGAUCACCUGAGUCAGACAGGUGCAUCUCGUGAUAAAAGCCAUGAGAAUCUUGCUGCUGAAAUCUUGCCAGUGGAAUAUAGAGAAAUGUUUAUCCGGCUACAGCAUGAGAAUAAGAUGCUCAUAUUGCAACAGGAAGGGUCAGAAAAUGAACGUAUUGCAGAGCUCCAGGAGCAGCUGGAGCAAAAGCAUCGGACAGUGAACGAACUCCAAACUGAGAAAAGGCUAAAUGAAGAGCGUAUUGGGGAGUUACAGCAGCAGAUUGAAGAUCUGCAGAAGACUUUACAGGAGCAGGGAUCCAAGACUGAAGGAUCAAGCAACCUGAAACAGAAAUUGGCAGCACAUAUGGAAAUGUUGAAUGAAGUUCAUGAGGAGUUGCAGAAGAAAGAUGCUGAUCUUGCAGAACUCCAGCCUGAUGCUGGUCAGAACCCCCAGAAAAUUGGAGAGCUGGAAGCAGCUUUGAGAAAAAAAGAUGAGGAUAUGAAAGCAAUGGAAGAAAGAUACAAAAUGUAUCUCGAGAAAGCAAGAAAUGUGAUCAGAACCUUAGACCCCAAGCUAAACCCAGCGUCAGCAGAAAUUAUGUCGCUCAGAAAACAGUUAACGGAGAAAGACAAAAAAAUUGAAGCUCUAGAGGCUGAAUACAAAAUUGCUAAGUUACGUGAUUAUGAGGAGAAGCUAAUUGUGACUGCCUGGUACAACAAGAGCCUAACUCUCCAGAAGCUGGGUAUGGAAGCAAGGCUGGUUGGCAGUAGUGGUGCCUGCAGAGACGGCCCUGGACGCUCCUUCCUGGCUCAGCAGCGCCACGUCACCAACACCAGGAGGAAUCUCACUGUCAAAGUACCAGGGGCAACAUCUGAUUAA